AUGUUUGCCCACGCCAAAGCUGUUCGUGCCCUUGUUGCCAGGGGAAAGAAUGCCACUGACCAAUGUCUUUCUUCGUCUCAUUCGGGACCCCCCACUUCUGACCACUUGACGCCGAUGAUCUUUAACCGGGGAACAACCCAGCCCGUUCGUGAUGCUCUCUUGGCGGAUACCCGCCACUAUGAUCAGUUUAUGAUCAUUGUUGACAACAAGCCGGUCUUGUUUGCCAACCCGCAGCCCUUUGUCGACCCGGCUGGUCACACCUGGCUCAUUGGUAAUCUCUCUGACAAGAUUGGUGAGGUCGUCCCUGCCAAGAUUCCCUUUCGUUGGGCUCGUUCCCACUUCACGGCCCUGGCUCCUGGUUCCGUCAUUGAGAAGUUCAAGUUGACAACGUCUGAACAACAUCCCGAUGAUAUCUCUGGUCCUGCCCCGGCCGGUGGUACCCACGAAGAUGCUGAACCCCCAUCUACGGCCCGUAUUACUCUCGAGCCACUGAUUGUGGCGGGUUCUGAACCAGGUUUCUGUUUCCUCCCUUGCAUGUACCCCUGGCCCAAAGGCUUUCCCUUCCCCCAGACCACCGAUUUAAGUGACCCCACCCAAUUGGUUGACGAGUUCACACGUGAAGACCUCCUCCAGGUUUGGCUCCAAGGUGCCCGUUACUCGAUCCUCAAGAAUGAUGAAUUUGCUUUAGUUACGUCGUCUGCCAGGGACCAACACGACAUGGCUUGGUGCUCUAUUGGCCAGCGCAUUCAAACGGCCGAAGAAGAACGUCGUGAUUACGCACUUGAGGUUGCAGCAAUUGAAGCCGACCGUCGUGACACUGCCCGUCGUGAAUCGGGCCGCUAUGACUCUGACCAUCAUGACUCCGACCAUCGUCCUGAAGGCACUCCUCCGCUUCGCGCGGAUGAUCUCUUGACCCAGUUCGGCAAGCUCACGGAAACGUUGACCAAGUCCGUCUCCCGUCCAUCCAAGAAAGAUGAAGAACACGAAGAAUACUCCCAGGAAAUCAUUCGUCGAUUCUCGAUCAUGUAUGGUUCUGUCAUGAUCAACCCCCAUGAUGAUGGCCAGGAUUUCUUCCGCCCCGCUCUCCUAACCGGUACGGGCCUACCCAAAUCCAGCGCAUCAAGGCGGCAGGGGCUGCUCGCCACGUUCAAGGAACAAGUUGCUGCUGCUACGGAAAAAGCUGGUGCUAGCACAAAUUACUUGGAUGCCCAAGUUACGUUUACUCCAGCUCAAGCCAACUUCGCAUUGUCUGAGACAUACCGUAACUACAAUGUUGUCACGGACCCUGUUUCUAGCUCGACUGAGUCCGUUAAGCAGCAACGUUCUAUCUUCAACUUCUUAUCCCCCGACAUCUCCAACCCCCACUUACAAGGAGCUUGA